AUGCCUCAAGAGAAAGUGGGGCCCACCCCGCAUGAUAAUGAGGGCCGCUUUGAGCGCCAUGUAUCUGAGACUCCUCAGAAAGCUGAAGCUCUGUGUCCGGUAAAUUCAAAGGGUCCUAGGCAGACUCUGGUGGCAACAACAGAACUUGCACGAACAAGAAUGCUGCAGCCACAACAGUCGCUGGGGGCCACUGAGUUCUGUAGACAAUAUGCGUUGGCUGGUCAAUGUAGCUGUGCCGGAAGUAGCCCUGGAGCUGGGACACUUUCAUGUCGCGAGGCGGGGGCCCUGCACGCGGAGCGGGCCCCACGGGGCCAUGAACUAGCUCUCAGAAAUGUCAUCGAUCAAGCUGACUGCGCCGGCAAAGACUCCAGCAGCAGCAGCAGUAGCAGCAACGGGGACGUGCAAUCCUCACCUAGGAAAGCUCACGGGCCCCUUGUGUUUUGCACCGUUGGUGCCCAUAGUCUGCCUCCCAGUAAAAUAGCUGCCCGAAAGAGCCCCGCAUCGGCGCCGGCAUCGUCACCGCAGCAGAACCAGCAGAAGCAGCAGCAGCAGCAGCAGCCGAGCGAUUCUCCCUGUGACGCACCACGGGGAGUAGAGGACGCGAAGUCUGGCGAUCGAUGCACAGUUUGCCGAUCUCUCAAGGCCAAGGCUCCCAGUGGCUUUUUCGUAAUGCAGAAUGCUGGCUCUUCAUGGGGCCAACUGCGCAUGGCGCCAUGUACAGAGUCUUGUGAAGGGUCAGGAGGGGCUGGUUGCUCUCCGGAUAUCCCCGGAGGUCAGCGGAAAGUGCCCAGUUGCGAUGACUGUCCAUUCAUGAUGCCUGUUGGUGGACCACGUGGAGGCGGGCCAUAUCACUUGCUAAGGCAACAGCAGCAGAAGCAGGGGGAGUUUGUGGCAGGAAGCCUGCAGUGGAGUCAGCCCACGUCGUUUUGGCUUGUGGAAUCGGCGAGGGAUGAGGGGGUUGAGAGGGAGUUUAGGCGGCUUUUCAGGAUCAACUCACCCACUGCAUUUAUAUGCUUGUUUUGCGCGGACGUGUUGUUUUGGUGUUUCUUCUCAUGCGAAACGGCUCUACGUGCCCGCGCGAUGGGGCUCAAGCGCUUUUCGCAGGACCGGCAGUGUCUGUUUGACACGUUCCUACAGCUGGUGGGACUGUCUGCCAUUUUUCUUCGCGUCUGCAUCCUAACAAACGUUUGCGGCUUAGGGAUGCGCAUCUUCGAUCCAGAUUCUUUGGAAUGGAAAAUUGGUAUAGCUAACGAGUUCAUAGUCGGAGACGUUCAGAUUGCCCUCGUAGCUCUGGACACAGUGCAGCUCGCGCGCAUAUACCGCCUCGCCUUCUCCUGCAAAGAGCUGUUUUUCCUUACGAGAAGCAUCCUUCACAGCCUCCGGUCCCUCUUAUGGACAGCGUUGUUCGUAUUGGUCGUCAUCUACACGUGCUGGAACAAUGUGGCUACAGCAACUGCUGAAAAACAUCCUUUUAGCCGUAUCUUCUUCGUGGCGUAUAUAUGCUUCACGACGCUCACCCUACUGAACAUUGUCACAGGCAUCAUUCUCGACGCCUAUGUGGACAUGUCUAAUCGGCUUUUAAAAGAGGCGAACUACAAGGAUGACUUGGAGAAAGAUAUUCAGAACGAGAAACUUUUGUUAUCAGCCUUCGAGAAGACAUCGUUUCUCGUCUGCAUGAGGCCCGCAGUAUCAGUAUCAACGUUAUCUUCUCAGGGCAGUACCUUCACCUAUGCGAAUUCAGAUCAUGCAACAAGCGGCUCUGCAUGUGCAGACUCAGGACAAGAUUACAUCAUUACUACACAUCUUAGAGAAGGCGAAACUCUAACCCCUUGGCGCCACGGGGGUGCCAGCAGUAGCAUGGCCACGCAGUCGGCGGCUUCUGCGUUGCAGAGCCCCAGAGCACCGAUGUGUGCAGCGGGUGCCUAUUUUGAACGGAAGCUAACGGGAGUUGCCAGCGAAGACAGCACGGCUCGUCCAUCGACAGAAGGCGCAACAGACUCUGAAAACCUUCAAGCCCGAGCUCACCUGCCGGAUAACCUGCAUUUGGAUGGGAUCAGCGUUCGCACGUGCUUGAAAUACUUGCGGAUCGGAGGACAUCAACCCAUGGACAUUCUUCGUAAUCCAAUCGUACAGAAUGCACUCCAGGAGGCGCGUAUCCCCUUUUAUCAGGCGUUCGAUGUUCUUAGCAUGUACCAUCAGCGGGGCAUACAGUUUGUCACUGUGCCUCCGGUCCUUAACUCGCCAAAAGAAUAUCAGGCACAGCUACAGCACAACUUCAAAACUCGACUCGUCGUGACAUAG